UUGUGGGCUACGGGCAGCAGCGACGGAGCGAAGAUGGACGUGACUGGGCCUGAUAGUGACUGGCGGAGCGCGCCUUUUAGGCAGAAGCUAGUAAGCCAAAUAGACGAAGCAAUGCGCAAAGCUGGAGUAGCUCACAACAAGUCUAGCAAGGAGAUGGAGAGCCAUGUUUUUCUGAAAGCCAAAACCCGUGAGGAAUAUCUUUCUUUAGUGGCCCGGCUAAUCAUUCACUUUCGAGACAUCCAUAACAAGAAGUCCCAGGCAAAUGCAAGUGAUCCUAUGAAUGCCCUGCAAACCCUGACCGGGCCACCACCUGGUGGAUCGCAAGGAAUGGUCAUGGGUGUUCGCCCUCCUGGACCCCAGAUGGGUGGCAUGGGUGGGAUGCCUCAGAUGCCCCAGCAGAUGAAUAUGCCUGGGCAGCCUCAGCCUGGGUCAUCAGGAAUGGCACCACAUGGAAUAACUGGUGUGUCUGCAGGAAACCAACCUACUCCUCUGCAGCUGCAGCAAAUGGCACAGCAACAGCAGCAGCAGCAGUUUCAGCAUCAACAAGCUGCUUUGCAGCACCAACAACAGCAGUUUCAGGUGGCCCAACAAACUGCAAUGCAACAGCAACAGCAGCAGUUUCAGGCGGCAGCAGCAGCUCAACAGCAGCAGCAGCAGCAGGCACAGCAGCAACAGCAGCAGCAGCAGAACCAGCAACAGCUCCAUGCAGCUGCACAGCAGCAGCAUAUACUGAAACUGCAGAUGCAGCAGCAACAGACCCAGCAGCAACAAUUACAACAGCAGCAACUUCAGAGAAUUGUGCAAAUUCAUCAACUGCAACAGCAGCAACAGCAGCAGCAGCAGCAACAACAGCAAACUCAAGUUAUGCAGCAACAGCAGCCAAUGCAACAACAGCAACAAAUGCAGCAGCAACCACAGCAAGUGUUGCAGCUUCAAAUGCAACAGCAACAGUUGGCACAAAGUCAACAGCAGUUACUUCCUUCACAACAGCAACAACAAACUAUGGUAUCAUCAGGACAGGGUCUGCCAGGGCAGAUGCCCCCACAAGUUAUGUCUGUAACCCUCACACAACAGCAGCAACUGAAAAUGCUUCAGGUGAGAGCACAACAGGCUCAGCAGCAAGCUCAGCAGCAGGCACAGCAGCAGGCUCAACAGCAAGCUCAGCAGCAGGCUCAGCAGCAAGCUCAGCAGCAGGCUCAGCAGCAAGCUCAGCAGCAGGCACAACAGCAGGCUCAGCAGCAGGCUCAGCAGCAAGCUCAACAGCAGGCACAGCAGCAGGCACAACAGCAGGCAGCUCAGGCCCACAUGGCAGCCACAAGUGGGCAGAUGAUCACCGCAGCUAUGGCCAGAGGUGGGAUGACAGUAAGACCACGGUUUCCGCCCACCACCACCACGUCUGCCACGCCUCCGAGCUCCGUCCCUUUGGGAGGACAGCAGAUCCCACAGGUCAAUCAAAGCAGCAUCACUAUAAUGUCGUCACCAUCACCUGUACAACAGGUCCAGACCCCACAGACCCCAUCUAUGCCACCACCUCCACAGCCAUCCCCUCAGCCCUCACAACCGAUGUCACAACCCAACUCCAAUGUCAGCUCUGGUCCUGCCCCUUCGCCUGGUGGUUUCAUACCCAGCCCAUCUCCUCAGUCUUCACAAAGUCCAGCUUCAGCCCGCACCCCUCAAAACUUCAGUGUCCCCUCACCAGGACCUCUCAAUACCCCAGGAAACCCUAAUUCUGUCAUGAGCCCUGCAAGUUCGAGCCAAUCAGAAGAGCAGCAGUAUCUUGAGAAACUAAAACAACUUUCCAAAUACAUAGAACCCCUCAGACGGAUGAUCAAUAAGAUUGAUAAAAAUGAAGAUAGGAAGAAAGAUCUAAGUAAGAUGAAAAGUCUUCUUGAUAUCUUGACUGAUCCAUCAAAACGGUGUCCAUUGAAGACUCUGCAGAAGUGUGAAAUUGCUCUGGAGAAGCUGAAAAAUGACAUGGCUGUGCCAACUCCUCCUCCACCAACAGUUUCUUCUACCAAGCAGCAGUAUCUGUGCCAGCCUCUGUUAGAUGCUGUUCUGGCAAAUAUCCGAUCGCCUGUAUUCAACCACUCCUUAUACCGAACCUUUGUACCAGCGAUGACAGCCAUUCAUGGUCAGCCUAUAACAGCUCAGAUGAUCACUCCACGUAAAAGAAAAUUUGAAGAAGAUGAGAAGCAGAAUAUUCCAAAUGUUUUACAAGGAGAGGUUGCAAAGCUUCAUGCCAAAUUCCUGGUCAAUCUGGAUCCCUCUCACUGCAGUAACAAUGGGACAGUGCACCUUAUAUGCAAACUAGAUGAUAAAAACCUCCCAAGUGUUCCACCACUGCAGCUUAGCGUCCCAGCUGAUUACCCCGAGCAGAGCCCACUGUGGAUGGACAACCCUCGCCAAUAUGAAGCCAACCCAUUCCUGCAGUCUGUAUAUCGCUACAUGACUUCUAAACUCCUGCAACUUCCUGACAAACACUCGCUCACUGCACUUCUGAACACCUGGGCACAAAGUAUCCGGCAGGCUUGCCUCUCUGCUGCCUAGUGACCAUAUGAUCUGUAUGCUGUAGAGCACAAUAUUGUGGCCUUUGUUAUUAAUUCCCAGUGGUCACUGGAAGAAGAGUGGGGAUUUAUUCCUUCAUGCUCUGUAAUAUUUAUGAAUUGCGUGAUGUUACCUGCUCUUCUACAAGCUUUCUGGUCAAUUAAAUGCUCGUUUAUAAGUGGAAGAACUGAAUAUUCAAUCCAUUUGUAUGGCAUCAAAAUAUUUGGUUUCUGGUUUUGUUUGAGCAUUUUGAUAUAAAUAUGUGCAAGGCAAUAGUAUCAUGCAAAAAAAUGUUUUCAUAUUGCCUUACAGUUCUAAAACCAACUGGAGCUAGAUUAUGUUGUAUAGUCUCCCCUUUGUUGGAGAACAUUGAGGGUAUGAGCCUGUUUGGUAGAAUGUAAACAUGGACUGGUACAUGCACUCGUUAUACUGUUAACUUGUAAAAUUAUAAGGUGGAUUUUGUACACAACAUAUUUUGUUAAUGACAAUAAAUUUAAUUUUUUUUUUUUUGCCUGAGA